AUGGAGUACAAGUAUCUUAUAUCGCGGUUUGCUGACCCCGUCAUAGCGAUAAGUAUUGGUACGGCAGCCUAUUUUUUGCAUGAAAGGCGUGUUGGAAGGGAAGAGGGCCACAAGUUGAAAGAUCUACUCUUGAAAAAAUAUGGCCGGUCCUAA